AGCGCGGCGCUGGCGUCGGAGGCGCUCGAGGACGCCGUCCUCGACUUCGCGGCGCUCCGGCGCGAGAACCAGGACCUCUGGGCCCUCGACACGGUCCUGGGCGCCGCGCCGCGCGGCUGGCGGCUCCUGCACCGGCUGGACCUGCGCGGCGCGUGCCUCAGCGCCGACGACCUCGGGGUCCUCGUCGGCGAGCGGCUGGCGUCGCUCAGCCUGUCCGUGCCGCACCUGACGGCGGGGUCCUGGGCCGAGGUGUUGGAGAUGCUGCGCGCCCGGGCGGACCCGGGGAGGAGGGACGUGGGCGAGACGCCGCUGGAGCUGGACGCGCUGACGAGCCCGACGGGCGGGGAGGCCGAGACGAUGACGGGCGCGCAGUACGAUGGCGUCUUCUCGCAGCCCAGGGGCUGGGCAUUGUAUGAGGCGCAGCUCAGCGGCGAGCCCAUACUGAGCGCCGCCGUGCGGUUCGUAUCUCACCUGCAAGAUGAGAAUCCGGUACGCGCGGUGCUUUGA